AUGCACGUCAAGACAGACGUUUUCUGCGCCGGAAGUAUCAUUCUACCUGAUAAAGCUGGGCGUCAGAUCAACGUCGGUGGUUGGUCGCUUGAUUCAACAUUCGGUGUCCGUCUCUACACCCCAGAUGGAAGUGCUGGAGUUAAUGGCACAAAUGACUGGGAAGAGGAUGGGAAGUUGCUCAAACUUCAGCGUGGACGAUGGUACCCUACGGCUGCUAUGCUUCCGAACGGCUCGGUUCUUGUCGUUGGUGGAGAGAUUGGAAGUAACGAUAAACCUCAACCGAAUCUUGAAGUCCUUCCAAAGCCUGUUGGAGGCGAUACUGUCGUUGAGCUCGACUGGCUUGCUCGUACUGACCCAUGGAAUCUGUAUCCUUUCAUCACCGUCCUUCCCAGCGGACACAUUUUCAUUGCUUACUACAACGAAGCACGAAUUCUCGACGCCAAGACCUUCCAAACUGUCAAGGAGCUCCCCAAUAUGCCGGCGGCUGUGAAUAAUUUCCUCGGAGGUCGUACAUAUCCUCUAGAGGGUGCUAUGAUGCUGUUCCCGCAACACGCUCCGUACACUGAUCCACUACGGGUCGUCAUUUGUGGUGGUUCUACGCCAGGACCCGCUUCAGUUUUGGAUAACUGUGUCUCCAUUGCACCUGAAGCACAAAAUGCAACAUGGACUGUUGAACGUAUGCCUUCCCGUCGUCUUAUGCCCAAUAUGGUCGCGCUCCCAGAUGGCACGUUCAUGAUCGUGAAUGGAGCCAAGAAAGGUGUAGCUGGUUUCGGUCUGGCCGAAGACCCCAACUUAACCGCGCUGCUCUAUGACCCCGCCCUUCCCGUCGGACGAAGAAUUUCCAUCCUGAACGAAACCAUUGUCCCGCGCAUGUAUCACUCUGAAGCCAUUCUUCUCCCCGACGCGCGAGUUCUGAUUUCAGGCUCUGAUCCUCAGACGCCAGGAUUUGCGGAAGAAACGCGAAUUGAGGUAUAUAUUCCUCCCUACCUCAACCAAGGUCUGCGCCCACCCGAGUAUAACCUUCCGAACCACGACUGGGCUUACGGUGGUACAUACACGAUCAACAACAUCAAGUUGUACCAAGGAAAUAUCGCUAACCUACGAAUCUCUUUGAUUGCUGCCAUUUCAAGUACUCACGGGAACACGAUGGGUAGCCGCACGAUCUUCCCUGCGAUCCAAUGCUCGGGGACCUCAUGCACAAUCACCGCACCUCCGAACGCGUUCAUUUCGCCUCCGGGCUGGCACCAACUGUUCAUUCUCGACGGUCCGACUCCUUCGUCCUCCAAAUGGGUUCGUAUCGGUGGUGACCCAGCGCAACUUGGCAACUGGCCGCAACUUCCAGGGUUCACGCCACCAGGAAUGUAA